CGGUUUUGAAGUAGAAUUGGUUAAAUCUUCCAAUUAAGCAAAAAAAAUAUUGGUUAUCCGAGCAGCCAAGCGAGUUACAAGCCACUAAUUGCCCGAUUUACUGCUGCCACGACUGCUAUAUAGAUAAUCGAAGAUGUCCGCAUCAGAAAGGCUGCCAACCAUUGAUGUACAAGGCUUGUCGUACAAAUUCCAGGAUGGGUCUGACGGUCUGAGAGAUGUCACCCUGAGUCUUCCAUCUGGAAGCCGAACUCUCCUUAUUGGCGCAAAUGGGGCUGGCAAGACGACUCUUCUCCGUCUACUGUCUGGCAAGCGGCUUGCACCCACCAACACGAUCUCUGUUGGUGGACUCGACCCGUUCAAACACGGUCUGGAGGGCGUGACGUAUCUCGGCGUCGAAUGGGUUCUGCACAACAUCGUCCGGACUGACAUCGACGUUCCGACGCUCCUUGCCUCAGUGGGGGGAGACGCCUAUCCUGAACGAAGGGACAAGCUGGUCGAAAUCCUCGACAUCGACCUGAAGUGGCGAAUGCACGCGGUCUCGGAUGGUGAACGUCGCCGCGUACAGCUUGCUAUGGGACUCAUCCGUCCCUGGCAGGUACUUCUCCUGGACGAAAUCACCGUAGACUUGGAUUUACUGUCUCGAAGCAACUUCCUGUCGUUUCUGAAGCGCGAAACAGAAACUAGGCCCUGCACAAUCGUCUAUGCAACUCAUAUCCUCGACAACCUGGCCCAGUGGCCGACCCACCUAGUGCACAUGCAUCUAGGCCAGGUGAGACAACGGGGCCCCGUCGAAAAGUUCAAGGAUGAAGUGCCUGCAACAUCGGAAAAUAGUCAGCUCGGGGAACUUGUGCUCAAGUGGUUAAAAGAAGAUUUGAAGGCUCGCGGGCCCAGGAACGGCCGUUCAAGUGAAGGGAAAACAUAUGAGUCACUUGAAGGAAAGGGAGGCUACGGACUGGAGAAAACCGCUUAGUCUAGGUUGAACAAUCUUUCUCCUUUAUUGAUUCUUUCUCUUUUUGCUCUGUCAUGCCUGGAUUGAUCAGGAAAAUCAGGCAUCUAUUGGAGGCAUUUAACAAGGUGGUAUUCAACCAUUUUAACAUGAUUGUGGUGUCUGGCAUGGUUAGUCUAGAUGGAUAGAGGGGUGCAGUUCUACGGCACAUUCAUCAUCAUGGAAGCGUUCAACAUGCAUAUAUCAGGUUCUCUUUUCAUUAUUUAUUCUGAAAAUAAUAUCUCAC